UUUUUGUUGAAUAACUAAGCCUAAGUCCUAAAACAAUUAAAUUAUGAAGCCAACAUUUGGCAUAUUUAGGGGUGGCCAAGCAACCAGCCAGCCCAGUGACGAUACAAGUGAUAAAGAAAACAAGAAAUAUGAUUUUAAUGCUACCGGUAGAUGCCCUGAUGGGGAAACAAAGCAACUCGAAGGUUUGAAGAGUCUGGGAAGCGAUUAUUUUCUGGAUAAAUUUGAGGAUAUUCGUAAUUUUGUUAAGGAAUCUUCCAUCCAAAGAGUCUUUAAGCCCCACGUACAGCACAAGUAUGAAGAAUCUAAAUUCACAGAAGAUAGUAACUCUCUUCCUGAAGAAUUACUUCCUUUAAAUCAGCUUAUAAAGAGUAUAAACAGUAAGUCCUUAAAGUGGCGUUGGCUAAAGUUGUGUUUGAUUAUAGUCACAGAGUUACCCGAAUAUGACCCUGAUAUUGAUUACCAGAAGAUGUUUUGGGAAAUACAUUCUUCUAACCAAUUAAUGCUCCAAGAAUUACAGGAUUUAGAGAAUUCUCAAAAGAUUUUUCCUAGCCAUGUUGAUAAUUUAAAGGUAAUUUUUAUUUUCUGACCUGUUCAGGAGCCCUCAAAUUAUUCUGAAAGUUUGGGUGAAAAUAUUGGGAGAAAAUAAGCACAUUAGGAGAACAGCAAAGGAAAUCACGAAAAAUCAAAAUUGUCCAUACCAAGACUGUAAUAAAGUCUAUGGGUCAGAGGGGUCGCUUAACCUUCAUAUGAAGUUAAAGCAUGGUGCAGGAAAUAAGACUGAUAGAGAGAAAUUGUCAAAAACACUGGUUAUUCAAUAUGGCAACAAGAAAAGCCUUCCUUCUGAAAUAACCAUAAAUCUUCCUCCUGGGAUUCUUGAGCAAGUCUGUAAAGAGUACAACUUCAACUUAACAAAGAGUCAGUUGAGAGAGCUACAAAAUGAGGCGGAAAAUCGCUUCAAAGCUUAUUGUGUCAAAUGUAAGAAACUUGGCACUCUUGAUCCAUCUACCGGAUUUCCCUCAGUCGAAAAAGACUAAAAUAAUUGGUCCAGAACCCCAUUUCUAGCGUGAGUGGGUAUGCAU